UGAGCCGGUCCCGUCAGUUUGCGUGUAAACUGGCGAGAGGUAGCUCGCGUCUCGUUUAUUCUUUACGUGAAACUUUAAAACUUGUGUAUAACUCACUGCAUUCGUUGUGACAAUCAACACUCUUGUCUGAAUUUGGACGAUUUUGAGGUUCAAAAUGAGGGGCUUUAAAAGCCUCGUACUCCUGCAGCUGGUGUACAUAACCAGCUGUAUGGACCAGCUGCACAUUGUUUACGAGUGGACACAGCUGGACUUCCAAUUCCCGACCCUGGAUGAUAGGCACCAGGCGAUCAGCAACGGCACCUUCAUCCCUGAGAACAAUAUGCCGAUGGGUAUCGAAGUAUACGGUGAUAGAAUGUUCAUCACCGUACCAAGAUGGCGGAAUGGAGUGCCUGCGAGUUUAACGUAUAUUAAUUUGAAAGAUAAUUCUACAGUGUCACCUAAACUGAUCCCGUAUCCGAACUGGGGGGCGCAUAUCCCCGGACUUGACGGCAAACCUGAAAUCGUCUCUCCCUUCAGAGUGCGAGCAGACAAAUGUAAUAGACUAUGGAUGGUAGAUAACGGAAAGAUAAAUAAUCUAGGAAACGACACUACUAAAUAUCCACCAGCGAUUUUAAUCUAUGAUCUAACAACGGAUACGUUACUCCGGAAAUACGUGAUACCAGCAGACCAAGUUAAAGAAGAUUCUGGUUUCGCGAACAUCGCAGUUGAAGAUAGAGAUUGUGAUAAUACCUAUGCGUAUGCUGGUGAUGUUGGCAAAGCUGGUAUUGUAGUCUACUCGUGGGCGAAGAAUGAUUCCUGGAGGAUAUCCCAUCACUUCUUCCAUCCGGAUCCUUUAGCGUGCGACUUCAGCGUUAAAGGUUACAACUUCAGUUGGACGGACGCCAUCUUUGGUUUAGGUCUUUCCGGAGCUAAUGCUGAUAAUUAUAGUACGUUGUAUUUCCAUCCGAUGGCUAGUUACAAUGAGUUUGCAGUCUCUACUGAAUAUUUGAGAAAUCAAUCUUUAGCUGAAAGUAAUUUCGAUGCGUUCAAAUUGCUUGGGAGUAGAGGUCCUAAUGCACAGUCUAGUGUGUCCUUUGUUGAUCCGAAAACUGGUGUUUUGUUUUAUUCUCUGGUGAAUUUGAAUGCUGUCGCGUGCUGGAGGACAACAAAUAAGAAUUAUAAUAUGAAGAAUCAAGGUAGAAUUUAUAUGAACGAUGAGACGAUGAUUUAUCCGACAGAUAUUAAAGUUGACUAUAAUGAUAAUCUUUGGAUUCUGUCUAAUAGGAUGCCUAUUUGGAUGUAUGGACAAUUGGAUCCAAAUGAAGUGAAUUUUAGAGUGUUUUCCGCUCCAGUAGUAGACGCAAUCAGUCAUACUGCUUGUGAUAUCACACCCAGAUCUGAUAUACUCGAUAAGUUUGUUAAUAAAAUUAAGAAUGUUACAAAUAAAAUUGCCGCAAAAGUAAAACCUAAUUCCGCGGCAAUUGCUUCACCAUUUUCAUUGUUUACUUUAGCUGCAAGUUGGAUUUUCGCUUUUGUGAUUUUUGUCUAAUUUAAAAAUUAUUUUUAUAUGGUAACGUAUUGUAAAAAUUCCCGAACGAUAUAAAUCACAAUGAUCGUUUUGAUUGUAAUUCUCGUUUUAAUACAUUUAAAUUAAUAUAAAAUUAAUCAAAUCGACAUUUAAAGGGGAAAUAUCCAUUUUACAAUAUUCUUUGUAAACGUGAUUUUUGUAAGAUUGAUAUCCCUUAAAAAUUUUAUUUAACAACAUUAUGUUAUGGCUUGUUUGAAACUUUUGUUCCACAAAAUUAUUUUAAAAACAUAUAUCUCAAAAUUAUUAUUGUAAGUGGACAGUUUAUUUUAAGGUUAUAUUUAUAAUAUGUUUUAUCUUUAGAAAUGAGUGUUAUGAGAUAAGUGUAUAAAAAAAAAACAAUUCUCAGAAUUUUUUUCUUAAACAUUGUCAGUUGUUUUUUUAAAGAUUCCGUGGCCUGGAUGCUGGUCUUAUAAGUCAUCAGUGUAUUGUACUAUUAGAACCGUUCGGAUAUUUUGCUCAACAAUGUACUAAACAAAACAAUUCUUGUUAUUUUUUUAAACAUGUCAUUAUAUCCGGUGUAACCGGCGGUUUUGUAUAUGUACGUUACCGUUCUAUUUAUUGUGAUGAUAAAAUUAAGUAUAUAGGAUAGACUGUACUUACUGAAAGUUUGUGCCUUAAAAUUUUAGAAUAGCGUCCCCAAAAUGGCGUAGCUAUUUGUAAAUAUGCUGUUAUAAUGGCUAUAAUAAAUGCUGUAAGCUA